CUGGACACAUCCACAAUCGUUGGGGACUGGGGCUGGCUCACCUAUCCUUCGCACGGGUGGGACUCUAUCAAUGAAGUGGACGAAUUUUUCAACCCCAUUCACACGUACCAGGUCUGCAACGUCAUGUCCCCCAACCAGAACAACUGGCUGAGGACUAGUUGGGUGCAGCGGCAUGGGGCUCAUCGGGUUUACGCCGAGAUCCGGUUCACUCUCCGGGACUGCAACAGCAUGCCUGGCGUGCUGGGAACAUGCAAGGAGACCUUCAACCUCUACUACCUGCAGUCAGACCGCGACCUGGGCAGCACUACCCGUGAGAGCCAGUUUGUGAAAAUUGACACCAUUGCAGCCGACGAGAGCUUCACCAACGUGGACUUGGGGGUCCGGCGGCUGAAGCUCAACACGGAGGUGCGUGGCGUGGGGCCGCUCAGCAAACGAGGCUUCUACCUGGCCUUCCAAGACAUCGGGGCUUGCAUUGCCAUCGUCUCCGUCCGUGUGUAUUACAAAAAGUGCCCCGCCAUGGUGAGGAACUUAGCCUCCUUCUCCCAGGCGGUCACGGGUGCUGACUCGUCGUCCCUGGUGGAGGUGCGGGGUGAAUGCGUCAGGCACUCUGAAGAAAGAGACACCCCCAAAAUGUACUGCAGUGCUGAAGGGGAGUGGCUGGUUCCUAUUGGGAAAUGUGUGUGCAGCGCUGGAUAUGAGGAGCAGAGAGAUGCGUGUCUGGCCUGUCAACUGGGAUUUUACAAGUCCUCCCCUGGGGAUCAGCUGUGUGCUAAGUGCCCUUUCCACAGUUUUUCUGACAGCCAGGCUGCGCAGGUGUGCCGCUGUGAGAGUGGUUUUUACCGAGCUCCUCAAGACCCUCCUUCAGCACCUUGUUCACGUCCCCCUUCCGCUCCCAUGAACCUUCUGUCCAGUGUGAAUGGUACUUCAGUCACUCUGGAGUGGGCUCCACCCCUGGAUAAAGGAGGUCGCAGUGAUAUAAUAUAUAAUGUGAUCUGUCACCGUUGCGUGUGGGACUCGGGCCAAUGCGAGCCCUGCGGUGCUGGGAUCCGCUUCGCUCCCCAGCAGACAAAUUUGGCGCAGGGCUCCCUCGCUGUUGCCAAUCUCUUGGCCCAUACGAACUACUCUUUCUGGGUUGAGGCCGUCAACGGGGUCUCUGACCUGAGUCCGGAGCCGCCGAGAUUCACCACUGUCAACAUCACCACAAACCAGGCAGCUCCCUCCCAAGUGCUGGCAAUUCACCAAGAGAACGUGGGGCAGAACAGCGUCACCCUUUUCUGGCAGGAGCCAGACCAGCCAAACGGCAUCAUUUUGGAAUAUGAAAUCAAAUACUAUGAAAAGGACAAAGAGAUGCAGAGUUAUUCCACACUGAAGUCCAAGGGGAACAGCACCACCGUCGCGGGACUCAAGCCAGCCACCCGCUAUGUCUUCCAGGUCCGAGCUCGGACCUCUGCAGGCUGUGGCAAAUUCAGCCAAACAAUGGAAGUGGAGACCACAAAAGCAACUCCCCAUUACGACACUACAACAGUUGUCUGGAUCUGCCUGACCCUCAUCUCUGGCCUCGUUUCCCUGAUUUUGUUUCUCAUCUGCAAGAAGAGGCACUGUGGCUACAGCAAGGCUUUCCAAGACUCUGAUGAGGAGAAAAUGCACUAUCAAAAUGGACAAGGUGAGUGCAGGGAGGCCCUAUUCCCUUUAUUCAUGCCCAGCAACCAUCCCACAGUGAAAUUCCCCGAGUCAAAAUUCUAUGUGGAGCCUCACACCUACGAAGACCCCUGCCAAGCUGUGCAUGAGUUCACAAGAGAAAUCGAAGCCUCGAGGAUUAAAAUCGAAAGAGUCAUCGGGUCUGGAGAGUCUGGAGAAGUUUGCUACGGCCGUCUGAAGCUCCCGGGAAAAAGAGAAAUGCCGGUGGCUGUCAAGGCCCUGAAAGCUGGUUACACCGAGAAGCAACGUCGGGAUUUCCUGAGUGAAGCCAGCAUCAUGGCUCAGUUCGACCACCCCAAUGUUAUCCACCUGGAAGGGGUAGUCACCAAAAGCAAAUUGGUCAUGAUUGUUACGGAGUACAUGGAGAAUGGCUCGCUGGAUUCUUUUCUCCGGAAACAUGAUGGGCAGUUCACAGUCCUCCAGCUGGUUGUCAUGCUGAGGGGCAUCAGUGCUGGCAUGCGCUACCUGUCCGACCUGGGCUACGUGCAUCGUGACUUGGCAGCCCGUAACAUCCUUGUCAAUGGAAAUCUGGUCUGCAAAGUGUCUGAUUUUGGCCUAUCGCGAAUCCUGGAGAACAAUCCAGAUGCUGCUUACACGACCACGGGCGGGAAGAUUCCCAUUCGGUGGACGGCACCUGAAGCCAUCACAUACCGAAAGUUCUCGUCGGCCAGUGAUGUGUGGAGCUUCGGUGUCGUCAUGUGGGAAGUGCUGGCCUAUGGGGAGCGGCCUUACUGGAACAUGACCAACAGAGACGUCAUCCAGUCUGUGGAGGAAGGUUAUCGGCUGCCUGCCCCCAUGGGCUGUCCCACAGCCCUGCAUCAACUCAUGCUGGAUUGUUGGCAAAAGGACCGCAACGAGAGGCCACGCUUCUCCCAAAUUGUGAGCGUCCUGGAUAAACUCAUCCGUAUCCCACAGAACCUGAAGUGUACAUCUACUGUUAAUCGAUUCACCCAAACCAUCUCUGAGCGAUCGUGCAUCGAUUUCAGCAGCUGCCAUUCCGUCGAAGACUGGCUGGACUCCAUUCGGCUGGGGCGGUACCAGGAGAACUUUGCCCUGGCUGGAUGCACUUCCCUUGGGAUGGUGAUGCGAAUGAAUCUUGAUGACAUACAGAACUUGGGCAUUAGCAUCGUCGGACACCAGAGGAAAAUUCUGACCAGCAUCCAGAUAAUGAGGUCACAGCUGCUCAGCACCAUGGGCUCCAGAAGACAUCUGUGA